GUGUUUUGAAAUUGUGAGUCAGAUGGGUGUGAGACUCCUCUGCAUCUUGAUUGAUUAUAUCACAGUAGCUUCAUCAAGGGAAUUAUAUAUAUUAUUGAUAUAGGGGCAGAAUUGUUGUUAGCUUCAUGCUGGUGCUAGUGUAGCUUCGGCCGUUCAAAUCACAAGCUACCCGCUCACUGACGAUCCAGAUCGACGUCAACGUCGUCAACUAUGCCGGUCACUGGACACUCGUAAUCGGUAUCAGUAUAGUUAAAGCAAUAUCCUUUUAUAAAUUUAGCUUGAGUAUGGAUGGACAGAUUGACUGAGCUGGAGCCCAUGCAAAGCUGAGCUUGCUGUGUAAGCCCCGAACCCUAGACUGUCGGAUGUCGGAACGUGUGGUUCCGGCUAACCGGAGAAUUUAGUUUAGAUACCUACCAAAGGUAUUUAUAUCUGAUAAAAGUGAUGUUGAGCAGGAGGGUGCUACACUUACUCCGCUUGCCCAGCCUGUGUAAUCACAGCUGUUCAACAUUCUCAUCUGUGCUUACAUUGAGACAAAAAGCAGAACAGGAUGAUUCCAAGCCUUCCCAGCUGCCCAAGAAUAACAAAGCUGUUCAAAAUAAUAGUUUUACUGAGCAUGAACAAGCCACUCAGUCAGACUUCACAGAGGGCUCACUGAAGUUAGAUGCCAAAAAGCCUCAGAAAAGGUACAAAACAGAUAAAUGGAAGCCUAGAAAUGAUUGGAGGGAGCAAGGAGACUUUGACAGAAGAGGCAAAAACCAGUGGGAGCACUCAAAGCCAUCAAAACAGAAGAGCAGAUGGGAUGACCAAGAUUCCAGGAACAACAGUUGGAUAACGAGAGACAGUCCUAACUUGGAUUCAGAUGAGAACCAGUGGCACAGAGUGACAAAGCCAUACAAGUCCCCACGCCAUGGUCCCGGAUCCGACGAGAGGCCGUAUCGUCCUCAGUCACGGUGGAACCAAGAUGAGAAUCCACGACCGCAGAGGCAAUAUCAACCGCAUCAUCCAUCACGGAACGGCCCUGACCGGUCGCCUGACAAGCCCGUCGGUAAACGCCUUCGCAAGAAGGAGAAGCUCGGUUUCAUUGAGUCGGAGCCGGCGCCGGCGCGGCCCGGCGACCGUCAGAUGCUGUACGGCCUGCACCCGGUGUCCCUGGCGCUGUCGGCGGGCCUCCGUCAGGUGAACCAGGUGUACCACCGCGCCGUAUCCGGUCCCGGCGACACCCGGCUGUCGCGGCUGGUGGCCGAGUGCGCGGCACGUGGCGUCAGCACCGUGCCCCUACCGCCCGCCAUGCUGGACCAGAUGGCCGGCGGCACGGGCGUGCACCAGGGCGUGUGUGCGCGCGUUACCCCGCUCCUGCCGCGGCCUGUGGAUGAGCUGCUGGUACGGACCGGCUACCCGCCGCUCGGAACACCCCCGCCGCCCACGGCGGCCGCGGGGGAACGGAACCAGACGGCGACCAACUUCUGGUCGCUGGAGACCGAUACCGGAGGGCCUGACCGUGGCGGUGAGGACGUUCAGACGCCUGCUGUCAAAGACAAGGAGCAACAGCCGCCCGUAUCGACAAAAUCCGAGUCCGAGAAGCUACAGGAGACGACGUCACCCGACAGCGUGGUGUCUGAUCCUGCUAGCCAGCCGGGCGCCAGUUCUGCUGACGACACAGUCGAGGCCGAGCGUCCCGGCCGCCGGCGCAGGCUGUGGCUGAUGCUCGACAGGGUCCAGGAUCCGAUGAACUUCGGCUCCAUCAUCCGCUCCAGCUACUUCCUCGGUGUCGACGCCAUCAUCAUCCCGGAUAAGAACAGCUGCCCGCUGUCGCCGACGGUCAGCAAGGCGAGCGCCGGAGCGCUGGAGGUGUUCCCCGUGUACUCGGCGCCGGCCGCCAGCUGCCGGCAGCUGCUGCAGCUGCUGGCCAGCCGGCAGUGGCAGCUGGUGGUGGCAGACACAGAGACGGGCGGCAAUAAUACACAGAGAGCCCCACCCAUCGUCGCCGGCACCGAUACAAUCUUGGUCGUAGGUAACGAGGGCCGCGGCGUGGAGGCCUCGCUGGCCGCGCUAUGCCAGCCGUGGACCGUCCCAGCGCAGCGGGAUCUCGUGCACGGAGUGGAGUCACUCAAUGUGGGUGUGGCCACCGGUAUCCUUCUCAGCCAGCUCGUACUGGCGCGGUAGCGGCGAAAGGCGAGCUUAGCUGGUUCAUAUGGCCGAAUCGAGGCUGCCGUUACGGGUGCUUGAUGAAAAUGCUUUUAUUUGCUGUUCUUGGAACGUCAUUGAUCGCACUGUGGAGGAUGUGUGAUUGCCGUUGUAUUUUUUAUAACUUAUAAUGCUGAAUACUAGCCGUGAACGUAAGAGUUGAAUGGAGAGCCUGUGAUAUGGUGAUUUACUCAUAUGCCACACAAAAUACACUCUCACAUGGAUGCGA